UUCAAUUUAGAUGGAUGUACCCGAUCGAAAGGUAAUAGAAAACAUUCUGUUAUUUUUUUCGUGGUGCAGGAUUCAUGUUUAAUAACUUAAACAUGUGCUUUUUUGUUUAGAUUUCUAUGUGGACUAAAGCAAAGUGUCCGCAACAAGGCCCAUCCGGAAGGUUCAAUCGCAGAAGCAUAUAUUGCAAAAGAGAGUUUGACGUUUUGCUCGAUGUACUUACGCGGGGUAGAAACUAGAUUUAAUCGAGAUGAUAGAAAUAAUGAUAUAUCAUCUGAUGAUGCUUUAUCAAUCUUUUCACAAAACUGUCGGCCUUUUGGAGCUGCAACAUAUGCUGAAUUAUCAAAGGAUGAACUCACAGCCACCCAAUGGUUUGUCUUUCAAAAUUGUGAAGAAGUCAAGCCAUAUUUUGAAUUGCACAAGGAAGAGCUUCUCCUAUCCGGGUGUGAAAAUAUUGACGAAGAACACAAGGACAAAUUUCCUACAUGGUUCAAAAUCCAGGUACGUAUACAUAAUAUAAAUAAAGUCUGCUGUUGCACCAUAUACUUGUGAUGAUGUUAUUGAUUAUUUUAAGCAUUUUGUUAGAUGAGUAGAUUACUUAAACAAGAUCCAUCUGAAGCAAACGAGUCUCUUUAUUCACUUGCAUGUGCACCACAUAGGUGUGUUCGAAAGUACUCUGGCUGCAUUGUUAAUGGAGUAAGAUUCUUAACUAAAGAUCGCGAUAGUCACCGGAAAACUCAAAAUAGUGGAAUUGUUGUGGAGGGGAACCAUGGUGAAGAGAUCAUAGAUUUUUAUGGUGUUCUAGUUGAAAUUGUUCAACUUGAUUAUGUGAAAGAUAGACAUGUUACUAUAUUCAAAUAUGAUUGGUUUGAUCUCGGAAAAAGAAAAGAAAGGAUACGAAAGGAGGGAUAUAUUACUAGUAUUAAAGUGACUAAAACGUGGUAUGAAAAUGACUCAUAUAUACUAGCUGAUCAAGCCAAACAAGUUUUGUACAUGAACGAUCCUAAAUUAGGACGUGACUGGAGAGUUGUGCAACCAUUUCAACAUAGACAUAUAUAUGAUGUGCCAGAGAGACAGGACGAAGUGAUAAAUGUUGAUGAUGAUUCUUCGAUGGAAGACGAAGUGUAUCAAGAGAUUGAAAUUAACGAUACAUUUGAAGUUAUCCAAAAUGAUAUACAAUCCUUACAUAGAGAGGAUAUACAAUCUGAAGACGAUGAGGAAACAUUCAUUUCAAACGAAUCAGUUGUAUCACGUGCAGUUGAUAUCGAUGAUGCCCAUGAAGAAGAUUUAGAUGACACUCCAAUUGAUAGUACUGAAUCCUCCCAACAAAGUACUAGUACUGGUUCUGAGUUUGAAAGUGACGAUUCUGAUGGAUAAUUUGAUGUUGCUUGCUAUUCUCAAUGAAAUGUGGUAAGAUUUUAUUUGUAUUGCAUUGUAUAUCCUUAUUUGUUGGCUUACAAUAUUUCAUUCUAUUUUUCUUAUCUAUGUUUUGAUUUAUAACACUUAGCAAGUACGUAGUAUUAUGUAUUAAUUCAAGCUUUUGGUGUUAUUCAGUUAUUAAGCUGUAUAUAUGUAUGUUUAUUUGUUUCAAGAACAUUACCUAAAGGUUCUGUUUGAGGUUGUUUAGGAAUCCUUGCUCAGGAAUCAUGACAGCUUCUUCUAGACGACAUCUCAGCAAUUGUCUUGAUGUGAUGCUCGUUCCUACACUGCUCUUCAAGUCUCACAUAAAUUUUGUUGAGAAGAGAAGUUGCUCUGAAUAUGCAGAAUGGUUGGUGGGAGAGUUCUGAAUAUAGGAUUUUAUUAAACUUCGUUCAUGUAGUUUUUAAUGUUAAUCUGUAUGCAAAUUUUAAUAUCUCAUGACCUAUUUUAUUCUCUGUUUCACAAAGUUUGAAAAUACUUAGUUUGUUCAGAAGGAUGAAUAGCAGGAGCUUGAACAAGUUGAAUAUUAAACUUUCUUUGAGGUUGACUGUGAACUGAUGUUG